UUCUUAGAGUAUUGUUUAUAUUUUGUUUACACAUAACCACAAUAAGGAGGCUUUUGAUAUUUCAAAAUAUAAUGGCUGAAACGGACGAAGAUCUCACUAUUCCCCGUGCAGCAAUGAAUAAAAUGAUAAAAGAAUUGCUUCCUCAUAUUCGUGUUGCAAACGAUGCUCGUGAACUCAUUUUAAAUUGUUGUACUGAGUUUAUUCAUCAUAUAUCAACAGAAGCAAAUGAUAUAUGUAAUAAACUCCAAAAAAAGACAAUAUCGGCCGAACAUGUACUUGGAGCAUUGGAAGCUCUUGGAUUUAGCUCAUAUAAAGAGGAAGCAGAGGCUGUCUUGAAAGACUGUAAAGCUAUGGCAGCUAAACGGCGUAGACAAAGCACACGCUUAGAAAAUUUAGGAAUUCCGGAGGAGGAGCUUUUACGUCAACAACAAGAACUUUUUGCAAAAGCUCGUCAAGAACAAGCGGAACUGGAACAACAAGAGUGGCUUCAAAUGCAACAAGCAGCCCAACAACAGUUGCAACUUCAACAACAAAAUAGCCAAACAGACAAUGAUGAAGAUGAUGAGUACUAACUGUAUGUAAAUAAACCGAUCAUGCAUAUUUAUUUUAUAUCUCAAUUGUGUACAUAUUCUUUGGAUGGCUCUUGGAUUUUGUUUUUUUAAACAAUUCAAAAGGUACCAAAUAAACAUUUGUCAUAACUU